GAGAGAAGCUGAUCCGUUACGCGGAUCUCAAGGAACUCGUAAAACAGGACUUUAGCGAGGAUGGCCUGCUGGUUGAACUUCGUUCUAAUCGUGAUCGCGUCGACGAUCGUGGUUGCCGAGUCGAGUGUGGUUCCGGCCGAACCCAUCUCCGUCAUGCUGGACGCUUACGGCAACCCCAUAAUGUUUCUGAGGGAGAAGAGAACUGCCGUGCACCCUUACCCGCAACGGGCGAUGAUGUUCACCGGAUAUUACAGGCCGGUACGCCGUUCGAGUAACGGCGGUCAGGCGACCGGCGUCUUCGCUCAGGGGAACGCCGUGAGCGGCGAGGCUUUUUUCGGCGGGAUGCACACGCCGCAUCUCAGGGGUGGCCCAGAACCCAUCGAGGAACCGGAAGUGUCCAGCGCCGAGGCGCAGGCGGCGCCCGCGUCUGAGGAGACCUACAACGAGAAUGAACAACGGCAUCAAGAGCAACAGCCGCAUCAUCAGGAACAUCAUCAUCACUAUCCGCAAGAAGAACAGCAUCACCACCACGAAGAGGAUGAAAAGUAUCACCGCGACGAACAUCACCAUCAUCAUCAGCAGGAUUCUCUCAAUCCUCAGGAACAUCACGAGCCGGAGCAGAUUCCGUUAACCACGGAGAUCGCGCAACCGGCAGAAGAGCCGAUUGCAGCCAGCACGGAAGUGUCAGUGACGAGGCCGAAGGUACAUAAUACCAAGAGGACACAGAAGACACCUGUGAUCGUGAACGAUGAUGAUGACGGCGAGGACGAGGUGGACGAGGAAGACGACGAACCGGUCGUGCCGUUCGUGCCUUUCAAAGGCAACCGGCGUCGCCAGGGAUAUCCUAAUCUGAACAAUUUCUUCCCCAUGGUCUUCAGCUUCCCGAGAGUGGCUACUCGCGCUGGAUCUGCUGGCUCUCCUCCUGGAACCAUCACAGCUAUUGCGAAUAGUUACUCUACGGGGAAAGGUGGAGUCGCCAGCUCGGUGGCGACUGCGUAUGGUGGAUCUCCCACUGGAAUCAUGGUCUUCUUGUUCGUCGCGCUCGUCGCAGUGGUCGCGGUCGCGUUUCCGACCGACGACGCGUCGCGUUCUCCAGGUAAAGCGCGGAACGCAGCUUGCGUAGGCAUGCUUCGAAGUGCGCGCGUACACCGGGAUGCGAGCCAAGACGUGUCUUCGCCGACCUGGAUACAGUCCUCGGUUUCCGUUAACUCCUUGAAUUCAUCAUCGGAUGAGAAGACUCCCUCGAAUAUAUCCCAGCAACUGAAAGACCUGAUUGUGUCGUACGAGGAAAAUAUCGUGAAGUUCGUGGAGCACGCUAGAAGAAUAUGUAAAAAUACAAAUGAUUACCAGCGACAGACUCAGCUGAAGUCGCUCAUCGCACGUGUUGUUAAAGAACAAUCAAAAGUGAGAAACGCGUAUGCUAAGCUCGGCAACAUCGCAGCCUCGACUUUGCAGGUACCGAGUAAAACACUGACGAUUGAGAAAGUUAAUAACCUGAAGGAUCUUCUUGAUACUGUGAACGAGCUCGAUAUCGUUUAUCAGGAUGAAGAGGUCAAUGAUGAGCAUGUCCGGAUCAAACGCGCGAAUGAAGGAUACAAAACAGCCGCGUCCUUUGUGAUGUCAGGCCGAGAGGAGCAGAUUAUUCAAAUGCUGUUUAAUAUUCAACGUCAAUUGACGCAAAUUCGAAAAUAUUUGCACAAGUUAUGCCGGGUGGAGUUGGAUAAUCUCAGCAAACUCUACACGAAACUGACUACCAAUUCUAACCAACAACAAGUUGACCGAUCGGUAUCAUCCACCGGUAAAAGGCAAUCGAGACUGGUCGAGGGUAUCGACAGGGCCAUUUUUCGAGAACUCCUGCACAAUACAUUCCACGUAAUCACGGAGGACAUUUUGGUGGAACGCUUAUUCUGUUGUUGGGACCGCGAGAUCGAAGGAGCCAUCAGACUUGAACCAUGGAUUAUGGGUCUCGACGUGUUCUUACGAGGUAACCUCUGCGACAGAAUCGUCUUCUGCUUUCACGUAUACGAUUUGAAUAAUGACGGAUACAUCACGAAGGAUGAGAUCUUCCAAUUGCUUAAAAACUGUCUGAUAAAGCAACCCGGCGAGGAGGAUCCGGACGAAGGAGUUAGAGACUUGUCGGAGCUGGCCCUAAAGAAGCUCGACAUCGAUCAUGACGGCAAGAUAUCUUUCCGAGAUUACGAGAUGGCAGUGAAAGGAGAACCGUUACUGCUAGAAGCAUUCGGCCAGUGUUUACCCACCGAUGAGAAUAGCGCGGCCUUCUUGGCAACUCUUCAACCUUGAAGAUAUCCGGCAAAG